UAGAGUAAUGAGGUGGAUGACCAACAGAUUUAGUUAUUUAUAGGUGUGUGGUAAUACUCGUAAAUCAUCACUGUACAUCAUCACAUGGAGCAUGUCAAGUCAUCUCCAUAAAGCAUAACUGUACUGAAAAUCAUACUGUAGUGUCAUAUAUCCAAAGGCAAUGUUACGCAAUAUUCCACAUUUAGGACAGGUGAGAAUAUUUGUUCUGGAGUGGGUUUGGGUUUAUGCACCUCUAAACAGCUCGUGUGGUUGUGGAAACCUUUGUCAUACAACCAUAAAUCAAUGACGCUGGCACAAAGUCCACAACAGCACAUGGUUUGAAUUGAAGAAUGAUACUGUGCUAUACUCGAGAACAUCAUCCCGCAUCUCUGAAAUGUUUCUUCACAUAUCCAAUUAAAGGAAGAAGUUGAAGAUAAUCUAGGUGAGUUUUGAACUUUAGUUUGAAUUCCUUUAAAGUUUUAUAUAGUUAGAGUUUAAAGGGACAAGUCACUAAAAAAAGAAAAUGUUUAACUUGUGUUCCAUACUUUAUUUCUAGCAUUAAACAUAAAAGGGGGACAUGUUUAUGCUGGCUGAGAGCCAAAACAAAAGGAUGUGAAUAUUCCAUAGUAAUCACUGUCUGUUUUUUACCAUUUUGGCUCACUUGGUUUUCUGGGAAGAUUUAGGAGUUAGUUUUUGUUACAUUGAAUGCUCAGUACUGCUCAUCUAAAAUUUCAGUCCUAAAAGUCUGGCACCUUAACAUGCUUAAUUGAUAAUAACUGGUGGUUAGUGCUGGGAUACAUGUCUGUUUACAUAGGUUUCAUUGAAUGGAAAUGUCAUUGAUGAGAAUGGGUGUGGCCUUGCACGUUGUUCUCUGUCUGAGCAUCAGCGGGUUUACUCAUACACAAAGUUCACUUUACUUGCAUGUUAGUUGCUAUAAUUAAAAAAGGUUAAUCAACAGGUGAUCUGAUUGGUCCAUCAUGUGGGCAUGGGCAUUGCUACCCGUCACCCUGGCAGUGUUUGGAACUGUUGGCCUUUGGGUUGUAUAUGGCAUAGCUGUCCACAAUAAUACAGUUAAUAUAACUGUAGAAUUCCCUUAUAUCAGCGUAUGUGGCUCAUACAACCCCCAGAGCUGCCUGUUUGCUCAAAUCUGCAACAUAUGCUGUGUGUUAGCAAUGUGGAUCGUCUCGAUCAGGUUUCAGCAGGUACAGGAUUACGGUUGUGCAUCUCGCACAAACACAGCCGGCCUGGUGCUUGGAUUCAUCUCUAGCAUUGGGAUUUCUAUUCUUGGAAACUUCCAGCAAUCGGUACAAUUGGAAGUUCAUCUGCUUGGGGCAUUCUUGGCCUUCGUCCUGGGUUUGGUUUACUUCUGGAUCCAGACGUGGCUUACCUACAGCGCCCAGCCGUCACAUGACCGGCGGUGGGUGGGGCCAGUGCGCAUCAUCCUAUGUGGCAUGUGUACAUGUUUGGUCAUCAGCAUGGUUGUUCUGCACUAUGUAAAGUAUCGGUCCGAGGCCGCUAUAUGUGAGUGGGCACUGGUCAUGUGCUUCUUUGCACUGUUUGGGGUUUUUGCGGCCGAAUUCAGACACAUUGACUUCCAUAAGUUCACUGUACAGAAGGAGGGCAUGAAAACAGCCAAUGAUGCCAAUGGAGUAUGGACAAUGCAGGAAAUUCAUUAAAAAGCAGCUGAUUUUUCAGAUAUGUAAAAUAGUGAGUGACUGUGCGCAUGCACGCACACACUAUGGAGUAAAGUGAUAUUGUUGAUGACCACAAAAGAAAAACAUAACACUCCCAUUUCAGAUAGACUUGCCCUCAUCUGGUGUUCCUACUAUCAGUUUCAGUGUAUGUUUUCUGUAUAAUACUUGAAUUCCUUGGAAAUAUAGCAGUGUCUCAGAAUAUCCAUCAGUAAUGUUUUUUUCUAAGGCAUGUUUAAAUGAAGAUGUCGUAAUUUAACUUAAGAUAACUCCUAUCUUAAUCUGAGCCCUGUCUGGGAAAUCACCCCUUAAUACAUUUAUGCAUUUGGCAGACGCUUUUAUCCUAAACGACUUACAUUGAAUUUUCCUAUACAUUUGUUUCUAAGUAUGUUUAAGUAAUAUAAUUUGUAAAGGAACAGUUCACCCAAAAUUGAAGAUUCUGUCUUCAUUUACUCAAGUUGUUACAAAUCUGAUCUGUAGACAUUUCGUUGUCCUGAUGAACACAGAGAAAGAUAUUUGGAAGAAUGUGUGUAACAUAACAGUUCUUGGCCACCAUUGACUGCCAUUGUAGAAAAAUUGCUUGUUGAACACAAACGAUAUUUUGAAGACUGUAGGAAAACAAACAGUUCCGGGGCACUUUUGACUGACAUUGUAAUUUUUUCCUGCUAUGAUAUUGAAUGGUGUCCAGGAACUGUUUGGUUACAAGCAUUAUUCCAAAUAUCUUUGCGGUCAUUACAACAAAUAUUUGGAUCAACUCGAGUGUGUGUACAUGAUGAUAGAAUUUCAGUUUUGGGUGAACAGUCCCUUUAACUUUAGUACAGUACCAUAUCAGUACUAUCUUGCAAUACCUCAAACCGGCUGUCUUUGUUUUUUUUAACUAUACUAAAUUUAUUUUGUAAUUAUUUUGUAAUUUUCUCUAAAUAUAUGUUUGGUCUAAAUAUAAAACUGGCAAAGAA